AUGUUUUCGCAAGAACUGGCGAGUGCGAAAGAAGGUCGAGGCUCGGUCGAUGGCAAGAGCGGGACAGGGAUACAGCAACCACGCCGUGGCGAUCCGUCUCCUUCGUUCCGGAACCUCGCGCCGCCGAACUGCGUCAGUCGCCGUAGAGAAUCGAAGCAAUUAGCGACUGCAAAUGGCCUCCUUCCCUCGUACUCACGGCAGAUUGACGAAGCACCAAGCAAUAUGCGCCGAUACCCUAUCCAAGUCGCCCAACUGUGGUUCGCCGGCCUCGUUCCCUUUGCCGAGUUACGGCCGUGUGUUGUCGUCUGUUGUGCUCCCCGUACGCACCCGCGCCCGCAGCCGGCCACCCGCUUCAUGAUCAAUCUUCUCGAUCCCCCACGUCAGAAAAGUCACGGCAGGCACAAUCUUCACGGCCUGGGGCUCAGCGAGUGUCCCAUGGCCUCCCUCAACGACGAGGGUAACCCAUCCUUCGUGCAAAGAUCUCGGCCUUCCGGUCUGCAGGCGCACCAUGGAGACCAGCAUUGACAGCAUGCUACCCUUCAAUAGCCUAUGCCGUGCUUCCUCGGGUUUCAAAAAAGCACCCACCGUGCCUCUAUCAUCUCGGAUCAGAACUUACAGUAAAUGGGGAAGACACCAUAAGGCCAACACCGCUCCUUUGAGGCUUGAUCCAUCGUCAACCCCGCCAAAAAGAGCCUCUGGAAAAGCGGCGUUGCCGUGGCUCCACGACUGUGCAAGCCACCACAGUUACAGUCAUCACUUAUGCAAUAUCAUCCACGCUGUGGUACGCUUCGGCACUUCUCCGGCCUUCUCGAGCGAGUUUUGACCUUGCACAAAUCAUCAGCCUCCGGGGACGGCGCAAUCAUGGGACCGAAUUGCGGGGAGAUAACUAACCGAUCUACACGAGCGACCUGCCAGUAGCUGGAGAGAAACGAGGCGAUACCGAUGCCUUAACUGCGACAUCUGAACGCCAAGUUGACUGUCGAGUACGCUAGGUUAACGGAAGGAUGUCUAUCCGAGAGUCCAUGUAUGACCGGCGUGGGCUUCUGGUUUGACGGUAUCCGAAGUUGGACUUGAGGACGGUGUCUGGUAAGUUUG